UGGCAGUCCAGCCCUCAGACAGGGUAAUAAUGUAUAAAAACCUGCCACACUUGGAUGUUUAGUCAUGUUAAGAGCUUGUCGAGCUUGAACAAUGCUUCGCAAGGGUAUCACAGUGAGCUUUGGAGCUGCCAUACAUGCUCUCAACACCUCUCAGCUGACAGAUGGUGUGAUUAGCAGGAGCAAAAGGAUGAUGCUGGACACCCUCGGUGUUGGACUGUUAGGAACCAGAACAGCUGUCUUCAAUAAGGCUCUCCAGUACAGUCAGUUGUUUGCAUCUCAAGAGAGGAGCAGCGUUUGGGGUAAAUCAAACAUAAUUCUGCCACCUCAUUACGCUGCAUUUGUCAAUGGAGUCGCAGUUCACUCCAUGGACUUUGACGACACUUGGCACCCUGCGACUCAUCCCUCGGGCGCUGUGCUACCUGCACUGUUGGCCCUGGCAGAGACAAUGCCCAGUCAGCCCUCUGGUCUAGAUCUGCUGCUAGCCUUCAAUGUUGGCAUUGAGGUUCAGGGCAGAUUGAUGAGGUUCUCCAAAGAAGCCUACAACAUCCCUGAAAGAUUCCACCCUCCCAGUGUUGUUGGCGUGAUGGGCAGCGCUGCAGCCUCAGCUAAGCUCCUUGGUCUGUCCUCUGAACAGUGCGGCCAUGCUCUUGCUAUCGCAGCCUCCUCUGCUGGGGCUCCCUUGGCUAACGCCGCCACACAGACCAAGCCUCUCCACAUUGGCAACGCUGCUCGGAGAGGCCUAGAGGCUGCUCGGCUGGCCCAGAUAGGACUGGAGGGAAAUUCAGCCAUACUGGAUUUGGACAGUGGGCUUGGGGUUUACUACAAAGACUACAGUCCCUCAGCCAUGGCGGAUUCUGCUCUGAGAGCCUAUAAAUGGAUUCUGGAAGAUCAGGAUGUGGCAUUCAAGCGCAUCCCCGCUCACCUGGGGAUGCACUGGGUUGUCGAUGCAGCUCUGGCAGCCCGAGAAAAGCUCCAAAAUACAGUCGGCAAGUUUGACCUCAACCAGAUCCGGCACGUCACACUUCGAGUGCCUCCGUCUAAGUACAUUGACUGCCCUUUACCUGCCACAGAGCACCAAGCCAGGCACUCAUUCCAGUUCAAUGCCUGCUCCGCUCUGCUGGACAACAAAGUGACUGUGGAGUCUUUCAGCGACGCUCAAAUCAGCCGGUCCGAUCUGAAGGAGCUCCUGCACAAAGUCAGUGUGGAGACGCCCAAAGAUAACACACCCAGCUUUGACAAGAUGUACUGUGAGGUCCAGAUAGAAACACAUCAGGGGCCGAGUUACACAGCCAGAUGUGACACCUUUUACGGCCACUGGAGGAAGCCACUGAGUCUGGAGCACCUGGUGGAAAAGUUCAGUAUGAAUGCUUCUUCUGUGCUGUGCACAGAAGGAGUGGAGGGAGUGAUCGAUGUGAUAGGAAACAUCGAAAGGGUGCAAGAGUGCUCGAUACUGGGUUUAUAUCUGAGAAUGACGAGUAGUCAGGAGCACUUUAGCAGCAGGAGAAUUUUGUGAUUAUACCCACAUAUAUCUAUAUGAAGCUUUGUAAUCUUUUAAGAAAGAAAAAAAAAACAAUGUAAAUAUGUUAUAUAUGGUUUUAUGUGGUCUGA